AUGGAAGAACGAGUUCAAAAAUUGAGAACCAAGGCAACGAGGAUUUCGAACGUCAUUACGAAUUCUCCCUAUUUUGCCCAGCUAUGCGAUUGGGCAUUCGGUGUGUGUGAUCCGGAUGGAACUAACCAUGUUGGCAAGGCAGACCUGUAUGCUGGAAUCUUGAUGGUGCACAUCAAGUUGGCCAAAAUGGCGGGAGCAUCAGCUACCUUUCCUCCCGAACGUGAAGCCAUCAACCAUCUAUUCGAUGCAUGUGAUACGAACGGCAGUGGAGGGAUCAAUCGAGAAGAGUUUGAUAUUUUCCUAAGUGCCUCGAGUGCUCAGAUCUUUGGCAGAAUUUUGGUCAAUUUGCUGACUUAUAUAUUUGUGAUUCCGUACUAUUCCAAGCACAUUGUGGACAACUUUGGACUGAAAGAAGGAACCUACUGGGAAGUCGUGGCAGAACAAGCGUGUGGAUUGUUUCUCUUUUUCGUAAUCGUCCCAAUAUUCUGGGGUAUGAUUGAUGUCAAAAGCUGUCAAACAGCAAGCCAAAAAGCAGAGCGGCAUCGUGAUGCAAAAGGAUUGGCAAAGGAGAAUAAAGUUGACUGA